ACAAAAAUAAAAAUAAAAAAAAAACGAAAUUGGGGCAUCAAUGUACAUAGCCAUCGGACACAACGCAUGCGUAUUUAAUAUAAUUUCUAAUCUUUUAAAUAUACAUGUGAAUGCAAUACAUGGAAACAUUACGAGUAUUAUAAAAUAAAGAAAAUAAAAUUUUUCUGAUCAGUAGUAAUAUUACAACUGCAUAAUAAAAUAAUUAUUAAAAAUCAUUAAAAAUGACAUCAAUUGAUUCAAAUUGCAUGACAUUAACACGUUUUGUACUUGCUGAACAACGGAAAGUACCAUCAGCAACUGGUGAUUUAACACAACUAUUAAAUUCUAUUCAAACAGCUGUUAAGGCUGUUAGUUCGGCUGUUAGAAAAGCCGGAAUUGCAAAUAUGUAUGGAAUUGCUGGUAACAUUAAUGUACAAGGUGAAGAAGUUAAAAAACUUGAUAUAUUAUCAAAUGAAUUAUUUAUAAAUAUGUUAACAUCAUCAUACACAACAUGUUUAUUAGUCAGUGAAGAAAAUGAAAAUAUCAUUGAAGUUGAAACAGAUAAACAAGGAAAAUAUAUUGUUUGUUUUGAUCCACUUGAUGGUUCAUCAAAUAUUGAUUGUCUAGUAUCUGUUGGUUCAAUAUUUGGUAUUUAUAAAAAAUCAGAUAACAAAGAAUCAAAUAUUAAUCAUGCAUUACAACAUGGAAGAAAUUUAGUUGCAUCUGGUUAUGCACUUUAUGGAUCAGCAACAAUGAUUGUAUUAUCAAUUGGUAGUGGUGUUAAUGGAUUUAUGUAUGAUCCAUCAAUUGGUGAAUUUAUAUUGACUGAAAAAAAUAUGAAAAUACCAAGUAGAGGAAAAAUUUACAGUAUCAAUGAAGGAUAUGAAUCACUCUGGGAUCCAGCAAUAAAAGAAUACAUACAAUCGAAAAAAUAUCCUAAAAAUGGUAAACCAUAUGGAGCUAGAUAUGUUGGAUCAAUGGUUGCUGAUGUUCAUAGAACAAUUAAAUAUGGUGGUAUUUUUUUGUAUCCAGCAAGUAUAGAUAAUCCAACUGGAAAGCUACGUUUACUUUAUGAAUGCAUACCAAUGGCUCAUAUCAUCAAUGAAGCUGGUGGCAAAACAUCAAAUGGAAAAAUAGAUAUACUCGAUAUUGUGCCAGAAAAUAUUCAUCAAAGAUCUCCAAUAUAUUUAGGCUCCAAAGAUGAUGUCAAUGAUUUAUUAAAUUGCAUUGAAAAACAUGAUAAAAAAAUGAAAAUGUAAUUAAUUUUUUUAACCAUAAAAAAUACAAUUACUAUUAGUUAUUCCAAUAGCAUUUCGAAAAAAACAAAUUUAUAUUUUUUCAAAUAAUUUGAUAAAUUUUUAAAUAAAAAAAAAAUUUAUAAAUAAUUUUUAUAAUUGCA